AUGGAGCUUCAACGCCUAGACUAUACAGAACUGUCCAGCAGCGACCGCGAGACCCAGCAGGCCGCCGACCGGCAGCUCUACACAGCGCUGUCGCAGUUAGGGUUUGCAAAGAUCACCAACCACCCCAUCGCGCGGCCGGUGGUCGAGGAGCUUUUCUCGUGGACGCAGCGCUUUUUCGCGCUGCCCCUGGAGCACAAGCGAACAGCAGCCCACCCGCCGCAGCCAAACCCACAUCGCGGAUGGAGCUGCAUUGGCCAGGAGAAGCUGUCGGUGAUUAGACAGAACAAGGCUGUGCUGGAUCUCAAGGAAUCCUUCGACAUGGGCCCCGACGACGACGAGCUGUAUCCCAACAUCUGGACCGACGAGCACGCCCUCCCCGGCUUCCGCGCCUUCAUGUCAGACUUCUACAAGCGCUGCGACGCCCUACACCAACAGCUGCUCGUCGCAAUCGCCCGGUCCAUGCACCUCCCCGACUCCAGCUUCACGCCCCUCUGCGCGCGCAACAGCAGCGAACUGCGCCUGAACCACUACCCAGCCGUGAACCCCGACGAGCUGAAAUCAGGCAACAUGCGCAUCUCCUCCCACAGCGACUUUGGCACAAUCACCCUGCUCUUCCAGGACUCUGUCGGCGGGCUCGAGGUCGAGGACCAGGCGAACCCGGGGCGCUAUCUUGCUGUCGAGCCCGCGGAUUGCGCUGAUAUCAUCGUCAAUGUGGGGGAUUGUCUGCAGCGCUGGACGAAUGACCGGCUGCGCUCGGCGAACCACCGGGUGACGCUGCCGCGGGGGAGUGUGGGCUGUGAUAGUGAUAGUGGCUUGGUGGACAGCCGGUAUUCGAUUGCUUAUUUUGGCAAACCGAGUCGUGAUGAGACGGUGCGGACCUUGAUGGCGCUGCUGCGGCCGGGCGAGCAGGCAAAGUACACGGACGAGAUAACGGCGUGGCAGUUUAACCAAUUGCGUCUUCUGCAGACUUAUUAA